UUGCCUGUUAGUUUUAAUGUUUGACGUUAAAAGUUACAAUAAUAUAUUAAAUGUUUUCAAUAUAAAUUCAAAGUCUACUAAAUACCACAUCUAGUAGUGAUAUAGAGCUGUUGAUAGUAGUAGGAGUUGUUCUUUUUGUAUUACAGACACUACUAAGGCAUGCAAGAGAAGUGAAGAAAAUGAUACGACCAGGUCCUCCAAAAAAGAUGAAGAAAAUGGCAAAAACUAUUUCUUUGUGACGCAUGAGCAGAUGAUGCGGGACAUUGCCAACAAUGAGUACUUGGAAUACGGGACCCACGAAGAUGCCAUGUAUGGGACGAAACUGGAAACAAUUCGUCAAAUACAUGACCAGGGACUUAUGGCGAUAUUAGACGUCGAACCUCAGGCAUUGAAAGUUCUGCGCAUUGCAGAGUUUUUUCCCUUUGUAGUAUUUAUAGCUGCUCCGGACAUGAUUUCAUUUCAUGAGGAUGGAAGUCUAGAGCGUCUUGCAAAAGAGAGUGAUCUCUUGGAGAAAGCUUAUGGACACUACUUUGACUUGAAAAUUGCCAAUAAUGACAUUGAGGAGACCAUACGUACAUUAGAACAGGCCAUCGACGAAGUAUGCACCACUCCACAGUGGGUGCCUGUCAGCUGGGUGUAUUGAAAACAAGGAACGUGAUCAGUUUGAUGGAGUGGAUGCUGAGGUUGAUAGGAAAAAAAGGCUUGGGCUUUCAAAAGAAAAUACAUUUUGAUGUAAAACUUUGAAUUGGGAUGGUAUUUGGAGAAACGCUGAGUGGUGGUAUCAGAAUAAAAACAAGGCUGCUGCGGGGGUCUUUGUUGGCUGCGAGUAGCAAAGCCAAGAACUCUGGGUACUGCUUGAUGAAGUGGCAACUGAUUCAAGAAGGAAAAAGAGCUCAAGUUAAGAAAAAAAAAA